CAGCUUUACUUCCCAUUACUGUUUAUGAGGGGAAAAACAUAGACUCUCAGAGUGUCUAUCAAUAAGAUCAGGACUGAGAGCAUCCAACAAUGAACAGAAUGGACCAAGAAGACAUGGAAGGCCAAGAAGACCCAGAGCACAUGGAAGGCCAGGAAGGCCAAGAAGCUCAUUUCAGAGCACUCAACCAGCGUAUCUUCCUGUGGCCCCGAGGGUUGUUCUCCAAGAAAGAAGUACCUUCAUUCUUCCAGAAGCCAAAGAUAGUCAGAGGCAGCUUGAUAUUUCUGGCUAUGUUCUCCUUCCUUGUGAUCCUCAUUAUGUAUCCCCAAAUGCUCAGCAAGGUAGCAGAUAUUCAGACUUCCAUCCAGAUGCUUAAAGGUGUUUUGGAGACUGCCCCUCCUCAAACCCAGAUGUUAAGUACUUGUUUGGAAGAUGCCAGUGCUGAGAUCCAGGUGUUAAAAAAAGGUCUGAAAAAUGCCAGUGCUCAGAUCCAGAUGGCAAACAGCAAUGAGAAGAAUGCCAGCGCUGAGAUCCAGAUGUUAAAAAAAGGUCUGGAAAAUGCCAAUGCUCAGACUCAUAUGGCAAACAGAAAUCUGAAGAAUGCCAGUGAUGAGAUCAAAAAAUUAAAGAAAGAUCUGGAAAGCACAAAUGCUUUAAAUUCUGAGGCACAGAGGUUAAGACGUGAUUUGGAGAAAGCCAAUGGAGAAAUCCAGAAGAUAAUGGGAAGUCUGGUAAACACCAGUAGCCUAAAUGCUGAAGUUCAAGACUUAAAAGAGCAACUGGAGAAUCUUGCAGCACAACGGUACCAACAAGGUCAUCAAGACCCUUCCACCCUGGGCUCCCUUCUGCAGCUAAUCAUCCAAGGCUGGCACUUCUAUGAGGGGAAGGCCUACUACUUCUCAGACACCAAAAUGACCUGGGAGGAGGCGGAGCGCUUCUGUGUGUCCCACAAUUCUCAUCUGGCCUCAGUGACCUCAGAGAGAGAACAGGAAUUUCUAAGCAAGAGGACAAAUGGAGUGUACCAUUGGAUUGGGCUGACUGACAAGGACACUGAAGGAACCUGGCACUGGGUGGACGGGACUCCGUAUAAUGAGAGCAGAGCGUUUUGGAACAAGAACCAGCCGGACAACUGGCAGUACGAGAAGGGCCUGAGUGAAGACUGUGUCCACAUUCAGGCAAAGUGGAACGACAUGCUCUGUGACCAACCCUAUCCCUGGAUCUGUAAGAAGGUGCCAGAACUCCCUGGGCAGCACUCCCAGACGUGGGCAGGCUCACCACCUGCCCCCAUCCUUCCCUCACAGGGCUCCCAAUGAUUCUGAGAUGGUUCCAGGUUCUGCUUCCUCCAUCCGACCUUCCCAACACCAGACACCCAUCUGAAUACUCCCCACCCUUCAAGACCCAGCUCCAGCCUCUCACAUCCUGGAAAGGCUUCUUGGGCCAUUCCGGCCAUGAACCCUGAGAGUUGCUAGCACCUCACAGGCUUCCCCAGCGGAGGCCAGCUGUAGCUCCAGGUCACCUCCAUCUUCUUGAUGGCUUCCUUGCCUUAGGCCUCCACCUCUUUUCAGCUCUGGAAUCUUAAUCAGUCCAACUGAUAUAGCCCUUGCUACUCAAAGGGGCAUGUCAAACUGCCAACCUAUCCCUCUGUUCACCAUCCAUAUAACUUUCCAAACUAAAAUCCCUUCACCCAGCCACCACUGCCCUGUCAGUGUGAUCUCUCCUUGUCAGAACAUAGGACAGUCAGCUUUUUUACAUUCCCAGCUCUAAGCACACCAUUGGGCAUACAUUCAUUCCAUUCUUUGAUUCUGUCGCACUCAUUGAUGAUCACAGUAUCCUCUGCUUAAAGGCAAUGUGAUGUAGUUUAAAAAAAACAAAAAGACUUGUAGUUGGAAAACCCGGAUUCAAGUUCAGCCCAACAGGUUGUGUGAUCUUGGGGCAAGUCAGCUUACCAUAUUGGGCCUCAGUUAUCCCAUCUGAAAAAUGAUGGUUUAAAAGAGGGGAUAUUUUCAGAGGAAAGAUAAUGGGUACAGUUUUGGCCACUGAGUUUAAGAAGUCUAGAUGACAUUUUGAGAUGUCUAAUAAGCAGUUGGAGAUGUGAAACUCGUGGUCAGCAGUGAGGUUAGGGCUAGGUAAGCAGAUUUGAGAAUCAUCAACAAAGAUAACAAUUAAAUCCAUGAGACCUGAUGAAACUGUCAAGUAAAAUAUUAUCAGCAGAGAGUCUGGGAGAGACCCUGGGCAGGAACUGGUUAAACAAAGGGAGACAGGGGAAUGAAUCAGACAGAUAGAAAAACAAGGAGAAAUCCGUUAUCAUGGGGAGAAGUAAAUGUACAGGAUAAAAGAUGGCAGAGAGGUCAAGAAGGAUGAGGACUGAGAAAAGCCCAUUAGAUUUGGCAUUUAAGAGAUCAUUAGUAACUUGACAGGGCAGUUUCAGUAGAAUAAUGAGGUCAGAAGCCAGACAGAGAGUUAACAAGAGUGGGGGGAAAGGAGUGGAGACACCUAUUGCAGAUCACCUUCUCGAGGUUACCACAAAGGAUGUAUGGGAUGAUUUCUAGGAGGAAUGGACAGAUCAAGCGAGUUUUGUUUUUGUUUUACAGGACGGAGGAGACGCAAGCACACUUCUAGGCAGUAAGGCAGCAGCCAGUUAACAGUAAGGGACUGAAGAUUAGAGAGAGUGGCGAGGAGUUCGGGCAAUCUGUUAGACAAGAUGGAACGGAAAGGGAUCACUUGUGAAUGUAGAGGGGUUGGCCUCAGCAAGGAGAAAGGUCACCUCUUCAAGUAAGGGGUAGAGACAGUGGCAGAAGGCAUCUGGGUGAUGGGAUAAGAAGACGGAAAAAAGGGAGCUCUCUGCAAAUGGCCUCAAUUUUUUCACUGAAAUUUAAGAGGCUCUCACCCAAGAGGGUUCAGGGAUGGGAAUGCUAUGAGGGGUUUGAGAACUGAUGAAAAGGUUUGGAAAAGCUGCUAUGGUAAGUGGAAUAGUAGGGAAGUGCAAAUAGAUUGCCUUGUCAUAGUUGAGGGCCAGCUAGGUGGAGAAAUGGAUAGAAAUACGUUCAGCUAGGCACCGGUGGGUCGCAAUCUGCAGUUAGAGAGGACGUCCAAAUUGAUGAGAUCCCAGAGCUCCUGGAUGAUUAUGGAGCACCUGGAGAAAGAGCUUGAGGAGGUCAUGAAUCAGACAUAAAACCAUCAUUUCUCUUGGGGUCUCUAGUACGAGACAGCGAGGCAAAUAGGAGCCAAGGCUUAUAUGAGGCAUCGAGGUUUACAGAACGCUUUGCAGAAAUCAUCUGUAUGUAAGCACCCGAAAAAGGUCCAUGGACUUGCUGAG